AAAGAGGUUGGGCUCGCUGUGGGUGGCUCCAUCUCACUUUGCUCGAAGGCAGAUGUGGUUUUACUCUCUCAAAGGUUCACGUCGAACUCUCUGCAAAUGGCUUUUGUGUGACUUCUGCGAAUAAACUUGUUAAUAUUUGGCAUUGCGUUCCCAUCUAACUCGAUUGCAGCUUGCACUGAGACAACAGACUAUCAGGAACGCUCGCCGGGUUCAUUAAAGAGACGUGCCGGCCACCAGCAUGGCUUCUGAUGCCAGUCACAUGCUCGAAGCAGCUUUGGAACAAAUGGAUGACAUAAUCGCCGGCUCGAAGGCAGUGGCAGAUUACUCCAAUGGGGUGUACGACAUCACAUCCCCCAUCCCCCCCUGCUACCUGAGGUCCCUGCAGAUCUUGCAGCUGGUGGAUGACCUACGGAAGGCGCUGGGGAUGAUGGGGAGCGAGCGCGAGAAGGAAGAAGUGCGGAGUCAGAUCCCCGCCACCACGCUGCAGGCCGUGUCUAGCUGGCUGGAGGCCUACCCUGGCAAUCACCGUACGUCUGCGAGCAAUGAGAGCUGCCAGGACCGACUGACGCGUUUGGAGAGCGAUCGGGAGUGCCUGGUGCUACAGGUGAGUGUGCUCACGGACCAGGUGGAAGCCCAGGGGGAGAAGAUCAGGGACCUGGAGACGUGUCUGGAAGACCACCAACUGAAGCUCAACUCAACCGAGGAGAUGCUGCAGCAGGAGCUGCUCAGCAGGACAUCUCUGGAGACCCAGAAACUGGAUCUGAUGGAGGAAGUAACAAGCCUGAAAAUCAAGCUGGCUGAAAUAGAGGAUCAGUGGGAGAAUGAGGAUCUGCACAGGAGUGAGAACCUGCUCCGUGAACUACAAAGGCUGAAGUCCAAGGUGGAGGUGCUAGAAAUUGAAAAGAUAGAGUACAAGCAGGAACUGGAUGCCACAAAGGAUGAAAUCCAAGAUCUUCAGGAACAGCUCGGCGUAAAAGAUAUGGAGAUUGUGCGGCUUCAGAGCCAACUAUCUUCCAGAGCUUCUGUGCAGAGUGAUGGCUCAGACCGAGAGGACGUGUACAGGAAAAAGCUCAAAGACAAAUACCAAGAGGUGCAGAAGCUAAAGGUUGGACUGGACUCUCUCCUGGCUUCCAAUGAAGAGAAGGAUCUGAGGAUUGAGGAGUUGAGUCGCCUGCUGGUCCAGUGCAAAAUGAUGAAGCAGAUGAUGCUGAUGGUCCAAGGAUCUUCAGAACAAAUACACCUGGAGAGCAGUGAAGAGGAGCUGACUGUCUGUUCAAAGAGAGCAACCCCCACCAAAAUGGGGUACGCUGAAGAAAUGAAACCCGAGCUGUCACCCAGAGUCCCCUCGUCACUGGCGGGAUUGUGUCCGACUCCUGUUGAGAUCGAAAUGAGAAGCGCCCAGCUUCAACCUGACAGAAACAUGUCUGCAGACGAGGAAAUCGAGGCUCCCAUGCAUUGGAUACAACCAAGACAUUCAUCUGCCAGCAUGGAGGAGCUGAACAGUAGUCGAACCCAGAAGCAGCUCCCAGUCUGGGAAAACAAGGAACCAGCGCAGUCUGAGGGCAAGCCUUACUUGGACAGCAAAUACCAGACCCUCCCGGGGAAACUUCCGCCGUCCAAUCACUUGGCCAACUCUAACCAGUUCCCCCGGAGCCCAAGGCCGGCUUCAGGCCCAACAUCAACAUCAGAAGCUCUUGAAGACUGGGAGAGCGCGGCAACCAAUCUGAGAGAGGCAGAGAGAAGUGUCGACUCCACCCUUAGCUCGCCUGACCUCUCACCUCCCUCCUCCACCACCGAGGCAGACCAGUUCCCUUCGAUUUCCUCCGAGAACAAAAAGAACAAAGGACUCAAGAAAUUCCUGGGGAAAAUACGCAGGACGCAUUCGAGCUCGCUCCAGGACGACGACGAGGGCACAACGGAGUUCAAGAGAGGCGGACUACGAGCGACCGCGGGUCCCUGUCUAAUACGGUCCGGGGAGUGGUCCGGUCUGCGGAUAGAUCCGAACACGCCCUUCCACCAGUGGACAACUGACCAGGUGUGCGCUUGGCUCGAGGACUCUGGCCUCAGUCAGUACGUGGCGUUGGCCAGGCAGUGGGUAACGUCUGGGAAGAAACUAUUGAUGGCAACCCCUCAGGAGCUCGAGAAGGAGCUGGGAAUAAAACACCCGCUGCACAGGAAGAAGAUUCAGGUGCUCCAGAAGGCAGUGGAGAGUGGGCUGAACGAGAGUGCAGGGAAGCUUAACCACAUCUGGGUGACACGUUGGCUGGAUGACAUUGGCCUGCCUCAGUACAAGGACCAGUUCACGGAGUCUAGGGUUGAUGGCCGAGUGUUGCAGUACCUCACUGUGAACGACCUCUUGUUCCUGAAGGUUACCAGUCAGUUGCAUCACCUGAGCAUCAAGUGUGCCAUCCAUGUGCUCCACGCCAACAAGUUCCACCCAAACUGCCUGCGACGUCGACCUUCUGAUGAGAAUCACACGACCCCUUCUGACGUGGUCCAGUGGUCCAACCACCGCGUGAUGGAGUGGCUGAGGGCUGUCGAUCUGGCGGAGUACGCGCCAAACCUCCGCGGGAGUGGAGUCCACGGUGGCCUGGUUAUAUUGGAACCACGGUUCAACUCUGAAACGUUGGCUUUGCUACUCAAUAUCCCGCCUCAGAAGACCUUACUUCGACGGCACCUGACCACACACUUCAACACGCUGAUCGGACCCGAUGCUCAGCAGGAAAAGAGAGAAUUAAUAGAGUCCAGUAACUUCAUGCCCCUCAACACCACAGCCAAAGUGAAGCCAAAGAGACUCAGUUUCUCCCACUUUGGGAAUCUGAGGAAGAAGAGGCCCGAUGAAUGCACAGACUACAUUUGCCCGACGGACUCCAUGCAGCCAGCAGCCAAUGGCUCCCAGAGGAGCAGCGCGGGUCACCGAGGGAAGAAUGCCGUGGUGGACAGGGGCCUGGGUCGGCCAGGCCAGGUGAGGAGCCUGGACUGAGGGCCGCGGUCCCAGCUGUACUGUCUGGCCAGCCUUGUCCCAGCAGCUCACUGACACCUUCUGUGGGCCUUCCUUCCACAACCUCAGGCCAAAUAACCAUUGUGUGACGACACUAAUCGCUGGGCGACGAUAACGGCUCAUCCCGACAUUGAGCCACAAGCACUCAUUGUCUAUGACAUAAGAAGCUGGCGUGCAAGUGCACACAGUGCCCGUCUCUGUGUGCCCGUCUGUGAAACCAAAGCAUUCUUUGUACAGAUUCACCAGAAUAUAUUUUUCAGGAGGUAAAGCCAGGUCGAAUGACAUUUGUACUGUGUAAUUUUAGACGAUUGAAAUCUGUGUAAAAUGUAUUAUUUGUGUGCAAAGGGACAUAUUUUAUAUUUAUGAUUCGGAGAUGAAGUUGUGCCUCGGGCCCCCUUGAGCCAGAAGUAGACCUCGUGUGGAAAGAGGGGGCCGUCUCGAUCACAACUUUCCAGGGAGGUUUUUAGGACCCACUCUGACCACAGUAUCGUGUCCUUGGGAUUGUGUAGGGUGGGGUGGAGUGGGAAUGUGGAGUAAGUUCCCGACAGCUAUUCUGUGUCCGACGUGUUGGGCCUCCCAUUUAAAAGGUGAAAAAUUCCGAUGGGAUUCGGAAGUCGGGCUUCGUGUUGGGGGUGGAGUGGGGGGGGGGGGGGGGGUAGUUGUGGCCGGCACUGCCGUGGGAUCCUGCUGUGUACCCCUGUGAAAACACACCUGCCCCUCCCUCCUGCCACCAAACCCCCUCACCCCAAACCACUCGAGGGGGGGCAAAGAAAUGGCCAAAAUCAGGUGCCAGAGACACAUAGAAUUUCCUCCUACAAACUGCCAAGCCUUCUCCCCAUUGGUAACCUUCAUUUAAUUAAUCCAAGAUUCUUCGCACUUUUUAAUCAAAAAUAAAUGUCAAAAUCCACAGAUGAACCCAGAUAAAGGCAGAAACUGCUGGAAACAUUCAGCAGGUCAGGCAGCGUCUGUGGAGAGAGAGAGAGCUAAGAUUUGUUUCCAACCAUCUGUGCUUCUUUCUUCACAGAUGCUAACUGGUGUUUCGAGUAUCUGUGACAUAUUCUGUUUCUUAGCCCCAAACUGCCACCAGCAUCUUCCAAUUGUUUUUUUAUUCCUGAUCAUUCUCCAGGGGAAUACAGAGGGUAGGAAAUGUAGUGUACGGGGUGAGAGAUGUUCGACACGAUUGGCCUGUUUCCGCGUGUAUCUCUAAAGUCUAAAAGAAUGUACUCGAAGGCAAGGAGCAUCGGCCUCUCUGCUCUUGGUAACAUUGGCUUGUCCGUGAGUUGCUGUCUCAUCCGUAUCACCGACCAGGCUCGACAUUUAGCCACUGGCCCGUUGCCUGCCGUUUUCCUGCCCGCCAGAUUACUCCCUCAUGGUGAAGAUCUGAUCUAAUUUAAUGUGUAAAAUCCACUCCGGGGAUUCCAACACUCAAGGCUGUGUUGUGGGGUUGCAUUUCAUGGAUCCUCUGUGGCAUUUUUAACUUUAAAACCAAUGUUUUUACUACAUGCUUUUUAAACUGAGAAUAAAUAUUUCACCUGGUGUGUAAGUGG